AUGCUCCGACCGGCAGUUUCUGAUCCAGUGCUUAUUAAGCCUAAUGAAUUCAACUUUCUCCGCGGGUGGAAUACGGACCGAGAACCAUACCUCCCAACCGAUUCCUCAUCUGAACACUUAUACGGUAUCUACGUCUCCCUGUCCGACGCUAACGCAAACGACACUAAAAUGCCCAGAAGUGAACGUGAGAAACGUCAGAGAAAAUUGCAAUUUCAGUUGAAACGGCGGAAUUCAGUUUUGAUGGCCAACUUUAAGGAGGAGCUCUACCAACCUGUUGGUGGAAUGCGUCGAUCGUGGUCCUGUGUCGAGCUCGGCAAGUUCUAUUGUCGUGAGACAACACAAACCAAACGGGUCUCCUUCUCGGUUACUGUACCUCCACCAGCGUACCCAGAUAUUGAAAACACCGCGUUUGAUCUCUGUCCGCCAAAGAUAUCCGCUCGGCCGAUUCUCGUACGUCGUAACACCACCUACUCAGGAAAGGACAAUCUGGUCCACAUGGAUUUCGAUUCGUUCACCGCGUGGAGAAGAGGUUCCAAAAUGAGUGACGACGUCAAAAUGUCAAAGAAGAAGAGCACGAAGAAAGAGAAAGAAACAAAUGGAAGUGUGAAGAGGAAAGAUAGUGAUGAUGAUGUUAAGAAGGAGGAGAUGGAACAUGGGGAUUGGUGGAUUGUCAGAGUGGCGAAGAUGGGCUUCGAAAGCUGUUUCCGUCGUCGUCGCAUCAACCCAAGCCCUCCUUCUUCUGAGGAGGAAAUCAACGGAAAAAUCUAG